AUGUUUGAACGACUAUUUCACCGUAAUCAUCAUCAAAAAGCGCGACGAAACAGCGAACCUGCCACAAAUGUUCUCUCUGUUCGUUUUCAAGGAGUUACUGUAAGUUUUGUCUCUGGGUGCACUGUUCGAGUUAAUCAACCCUGGCAUAUUUGUAAAGUUAAUGGGUGAUUCAAAACAAUUUCCUCUUUAGUAACCAAGUGCAAUGCUCUUGAAAAACAGAAAAACAACCAAAAUUACAUCAGUUUGAUGAAAUUCUGCCGGCAUUUUUUCUCAUUUCAUUUUUUCCGAACAGACGAAAAUGCUUCUUAUUUAUUUUUUGGGGGAAUUUUUUUCAUGAAAUUCUAAUGAGAAAAAAACAAAGUCUUCUUCAAGUUUUCCCAGGAAAAUUCCCAUUUGGAAAUCCGCACAUGACGAUGUGAAAAUGCACUUUUCCUUGUCUCUCUCGCAAAAAUUUUUUUUGGUAGCUUAAAAUAAUUCUGAUGAAAAAAGUGGUGAGUUCGUUCCAAUUUUGAGUUUCAAAACAUUUGAAAAAUUGUUAGGAACUUCGGAAAUUUUUUAUUUCAAAUAUGACAAUUUUUUAAAUUUCUAUUUGAUAAAUCCUUUCCAGGAAACAUUUAUUCCUGGAAAGUUCAUAGGAAAGAAAACAACAAAAAUUACUUCCGGAAAUUGACUGAAAUUGAUUAAAUAUAGACAAAUAUGGACGAUUUUAAGAGUCAUUGAAUUUAUUAACAUUUUUCUUAUUCCUUGAGAUUCUAAAAAUUAUUUAUUUUCAUUUUUGGCAUCACUUGAUAUUUUUUUUGGCAUCACUUGAUAUUUUUUUUGGCAUCACUUGAUAUUUUUUUUGGCAUCACUUGAUUUUUUUUUCCGAUUUUCUGAUCCUAAAGAAUUUUUGUUGAAUAAAAGUUUCCGAUCUCAAAAAAUAGAACUUGUUUACAUGUUCAAAUUUAGCAAGAUAAUCUCCACCACACCUACGCAAAUGAAUGAAUGUUGAAAAAAUUCAUCAUUAUUUUCUAUUUUUUUUAUUUUUUUCGAAAAAGAAAUGAAAUCCAUCCGCGUGACAUUCUGGGUACAAAUGUGUAUGUUGCAUAAACAUAUUCUAUUCAUGUUUGGUGUUUGGUGUGUGAGAAUUGAAAAACAAUAGCCAGUAAAAAAAAUGGUUCACUAAUUAAUAUAGAGCUUUUAAUUAGGUAGUUAUUUUUUCUGAACUAAUCAAGUUUCAUUGAAAUUUUGCUCUAAUUAACAUUUAAAAAAUGUACCCAAAAAUUGCAAUUCAUCAAAUUCCUAUUUUUUAUUCACAUUCACGUUUUUUUGAAACAUUUAGUUCUCUUUUUUCCACAUUUUUCGUGAUGUUUGAAACAGAUACAAAUAAAAAUGUGAUUUUUGAAACUUGAAAUUGUUUUGCUACUUUUCUUGUGACAAAACACGAGAGAGAAAUUCUGCAAACAUGGAUUUUGAAACAGUAAAAAAUUGUUUUUUGUCAAAAAAAUCUAGUAAAGGGGAUUGUUUGAUCUUUGAAAUUUUGACACCUGUGGAAAAAACUGGAUUUUUCAUGCAUGAAAAUAUUUUUUUUGUAAUUUUUAUGUUGGAAGAUCUUCUGAUUUUUCCUGUUUUUUUUUGGGUUUUUGAAAAAUAUAUUUACUUUCACUCAACCAUUUUCUGAAAAUUGCUCAAACACAACGUUAGGAACAUUACAAAAUAAAUGUUUGAUACACAUUUAGGUGAACUCCUAUAUCUUGUUGUUAAAAUAUUUUGAAAUUUUUUUUCAGCAAAGGAAAUCUCUUGUAAACAUUGUUUUCAUACCGUGUAAUAUUUUUCAGAGUUUUUCUCAUUCCUUGUUUUUCCAGCUGCCCGUUUUUAUCCAAACAACCUCAUGUUUCAAUUUUUCCCCUGAAACAAUGAAAAACGAUUUUUGACCUAUGAUGUAACUGAAAACAAAAUUCCAUCCGUCCUAUUGUUAGUUAGAGAAAAAUUCUUGGGGCGGUGCCAAAAUAGAAAAAAAUAACAUGAAAAACCGAAAACCACGUGCAAAAAACUACAUAAACAUAGGAAAAAGAGAGAGAGAAAGAAAAAAGGAACAUACACAUACACACACUGAAUGCUUGGUUAGAUGGAUUGGGUUAGUUGUUGUUUUUGUCAGAGAAAAAAUGAAUGAAUGAAAGAAUUAUUUGAAAGAGAGAAAGAGAGAGUGACUGUGGGUGAGUGUCAGUCCUCAAAUUGUUUCAGACGCAUCCAUCCAGCCAAAAAAAACACACACAGUUUUUACUGUUUUGUUUUUUUUACAUCAUUUUUGUUAUCGUGAUUUUUUCUGCUGCUGUUCGAACAAAAAUAUUUUUAUCAUUUUCCGAUCUUUAUGCUAUUUUUCCAUUUUGCAAAUUUCCUGUUUUCAGUUUUUUUUUCCAUUUUCCGAAAAAUCUUUCCAUUUAUGCUUGAAAAAUGAUAUCACUCGUUUCAAGUGUUUUGUUUUUUUUUUCGGAAAAAUCAGAAGGGUUCUUGAAACAAUCGAGAGCUUAGUUUUUAUCAGUUUUCAAAAUUUUUCUCAUAUUUUGUUGAAAACAUUCUUAUCUCAUAUAAUUUUUUUGAAAGAGACUUAGAAAAGAUUUGCAAAAACACGCACUUUCAAGAGUUCUGUAUAGUUAUAAUAAAAUCAUUUUGUAGUUAUCGCAAAAAUCUUACGGUAAUCUGACUACAUAAAUUCGUUGAGAAAAAGGGCUGGAAAUUCGUAUAGUAAGGGGUGGAGUUAUUAUUCUGAAUUUUGCAGUUGGGUGCACUUUUUGACCAAAUUUUCUAUCGCUUCCUAGUUAGUUUAGAACUACUGUACACGGUGGGAAAGGCGAAAAGGUGAAGUAAGUGAUUCCUUCAAGUUAGUAAUUUCAUGGUCGGACUUUCAAAAGUUAAUUUGCGAGAUCUUGAUAACUAGCAACUUAACAAUAUCUUUUACUUGGAGAUUUCCCAUAAAAUUAAAAUUCUCCACAUCAUCUAAAGUUGAGGAUACGAAAAAUGUCCAAUGUCUAACCCCAGACGUUUACCCAUUAAAGGAACAGCUGCAAAACAGAUUUUUAAAUGUACUUUUAGAUUUUUCCCCGAAUGCACUUUUAAUAACACUAUAUAAUUUUCUCACAAAUUAUUCCAACAUAUCUCUGACGACUCUAGAGUUUUCUGCAAAACUUUUGAAGCUCGGGAAUUUUUAAUGACGAAAUGUUUUCCUCUGGCAAUGUUUUUUGCACUCUGAAACAUAUGAAAUUGAAUUUUUAUUUAUCUCUCUUUCUAGUUCUCUUUCUUGUUCCACAUCUCGACCACUCCCCCUUUUUCAGCGGAUCAUCAUCAUCAUUAUUGUUAUAUUCAUUCUCGAUACCAGAAGAAGAAAAAAAAAUGUUUUCCUUCCCUUUUCAAUAAUCUUUGUCCCUUCUUAUAACAAUUUUUUUUUGAAAACGUCAUGCACUUUCAGAACAUUUUCAUUGUAUUCCCUCACUCACUCUCUUCUCUUCAUGUCUACCAAUCAAUCUUUGAUUUUCUCUGUUUCAUCUUGAAAAGAUACCUAGUUGUUUUUUUCGCCAGCCAAUUAAAAAAGUGCAGAAUUUUUAGCGUUACCUGGGUGAUAACAUUUUUUUGGGAUUUUUAUUUGAUUUGUUUUUAUUCCAGAUUGGUUCGAGACAACAGCCUCAGCAACAACAUCAAGGUGAUCCAAGAAUGUUGGAUACAACACCAUACAAUGUGAUUUACGGGAACUCAAUGGAUCAUGGGUUAGUUCAUCUGAACGAUAUAAGUUUCUAAAACUAAAAUAGAUAGUUUUUUUUUGAAUCAGCUUAUUUUCAAAAUCAGAUUAAAAAGUACAGCUUUCGCAAAAUUCUUCCAAAACACCUUAAUCGUAUAUUCACAAAUUUUUCCAGCCGAAAAAAUCCCAUUUAUUUUUUUUAUAAUCCAAUUGGCACAGAUAUAAAUAUCUUGUGAUAAAAAAACAUUUAUCAACAACAGCAAAACAAGUUUUCAAAUAAUUGAAAAAAAAACCAAAAAAAAACUGAGAGAAAAAGACCAAAACACAACCCGUGAAAAUGGGAUUUUUGUUGUUUUGUAGAUAUGAAUCAGGGACCAGUAAUGAGAAUUCGCGUCGCAGCUCGUUUGGCAUCCGCGAAUUGCAAUUGCCAACAUCUUCAUCAAAUCGGCGACGGUACACUAUGCAAUCGAGAAAUCAACUUCAAAAACCAACAGAUCCAAACCGAAAAACAUCCUAUACCUAUCAUCAAACACCAGAAAAUAUGGAAACUGAUGAGGAUGUCGGAGCAGUUGGAAUGUCGAGAAGAAGAAUGAGUGUUCCGGAAAAUGUUUUCAGACAAUGUGUUAGUCAAACUCAGAAGAAAGCUUUUAUCAACUUGCUAUCGAGUUUUUGCAUAAAAUAUUUGGUGGUACCUCCUUAAAACUGAAAGGAUAUCUGAUUUUUUGAAAGUUUAGACAAACAAUUCCAUAGCUAGUUGAUACAGUUUUCUUGUUUCUUAAAAAUUCAAUGAAAUACAUUCAAAUAUAUUUCAGGAUUUUGCAAUUCUUCGACCAAUUCGAGCUUUCACAGAUCGAAAUUAUGAAGUGUUGUCUGGAUUUGACAAAAAUACUGAUGCUUAUCAAACAUAUAUGAAAGCUUUCACUUGUUAUGAUGUUCAACCAACUCAUGCCGCAUUGAUUGUUUUUGAUAGCAGAACAAAGGUAAAUUGAAAAAUCCCAUGAUUUCCAAUCAAAACACAAUCGUUCAGGUCAAAUCAGCUGUAAAUGGUUUGUGUGCUCAAGGGCAUUGUUAUGGUGUCAUUAUGGAUACAGAGAAGCAAAUUUCUGAAGGUGUAUUCACUAUGAACGAUUGUCUUACUGCAAUAAUGAUGGUUGCAACGGGUGACAAAGAAGUAGCUGGAAAAACUGUUAUCGAGUUUGUUAAGCAAUACGGGUCUAGCGCGUUGAUUUGCAGUGAUGUUGAAAAAAGGUUAGUUUCAGAUCUAGUGUAAAGUGAAAAAUCCAAAUGAUGUCACAAGAGAAAUUAGUGAGACUUCUAGAGUGAUUUUGUCUAAUAAAAAAUUCAGAAUUCGUACUAAUUUGCUAGUUUUGUUUUCUUAAUACUUAUAUUUUCAGCAUCUGGGAGGCAGGAAAAGUUCUCUCAUUAAACCGCCUUCACGCAAUUCCAAUCUUCGACACAGUCGAACCUAAACCAGCGACACCAUUGUUUUUCCUCACUGCCAAAUUAAUUCUUCAUCAAUCGGUUCUCAGAUUGGUUAGUUUCAGUGUGCCAUUUAAAUUUAAAAAAUUUCAAACUUUUCACAUUUCAGACUGAUCAUUGUGAUGGUAAUCUUCUACCAGUUCGAAUGGCAACAAUUGAUCAGAAAAAAUUGGGAACAUGGAGUGAUUUUGUUACGGUAAGAAUUGAGAAAAGAGAGUUGACCAUCGGUCUCUUUUUAUUCAAAACAACUCUGCUGAAAGGUCACACGGUGUGCACUUUUUGUUAUUGUUGAAAUAGAGGUUUUUUGUCGGGCUGUCUCUUUAUUCUCUUCUCUAACUAACUCUGCAUUUCUCUCAUGUGCUUUCUUCUCAUACAUAUAUAUCAAGAUUUUGUUAUUGUCGGAAGCCACAAUUUCGCAGUGUGGUCUUCUAUUUUUCUUUUUGUAAAAAUAGAAAGACAGAGAAAGAAGAAGAAGAAAAGGAGGACACCAAACUUGGGGGGGAAUUGUAUUGGAGUAGAUUAGUGAUGAACAACAAACACGUGUUUUUUGGUUUCUUGUUACUAAUUUUGGGAUUUGGAAGAAAUAAUAUGAUUAAUGAAAUCAUUCUUCAUUCAUUACAAUAUUAGAUCUCACGAUUAGGGAUUAACAGAUGUUUUUUUGAAAAUCACUAUGGAAUAUUUUUUGAGUGAGCUAUGAACAUAAAAAUAAAAAUAAGGAAGUUCUACUGAUAAAAUGAAGUCCUUUGAGAAAAUAAGGGUGAAAAAACAAGGAACUUUUCCCAACAAAUUCACUAAAGGAAAAUUUAUUUCCGGGAAGAUUUGUUUUUAAAAUAAAGUUCACCAAUGGAUAACAUUUCGAAAAUCUGAAAAAAAACGGAUUUUCACAGUGGUCAAUUCCAACUGUAUUUUCAACUAUUUUUACUCAAAUUUCGAUAUUUUUUUAACAGUUUUUUGUCAGAAUAAAAAAAUAUCUCCAUAUGUUAACAAUUUCUGAUAGAGAUUUGAUUUCGUUCCAAAUCAACCGCCAUUAUAUCAGUAAAAAAAUAACAUUAAAAAAUUAUUGUUAUUUUCAGAUCAAUCAUAACACUCCAAUCAAAGAUGCCGUGAAAAUAUUCGUCGAACGAAAAUUCUCGACGCUGCCAGUCUUGAAUGAUUUCGAUCAACUAGUCGGAUUGAUCAGUCGUAAAGAUCUAGUCAACGAAGUCAUGUGCCAACAAACAACCUGUGUUGUUCUUGACCAACCGGUUAAGGUAAAUCAAAAACAUAUAUUUGACGAUAAAAAAACAUUAUUGUUUUUUCAGAGUCUUCCCACAAUGAAAAAUCGCCCAAUUUUUGGACAUUGUGAUAUGACGAUUUUUGAGACAAUCAGAAAAAUGGAAAAUACUGAUAAACAGUGCUUGGUAAGAAAUGAGAACAGCAUUUUAGGAAUAAAUCAGUAAAUAAUUGUUAUUUCAGCCAAUUGUAAAUACAAAGCUUCAAAUUCAAGCAAUAGUAAGCUAUUCGGAUAUUUUGAACUAUUUUCAAACUUGUCAUUCAUCUGGAAAUCGUACACCAACUGAUGAAAGAUCAUCAACAGACAGCUCGUCGAGCAAAUAA